AACACAAAGUAACCAACAACUAUUCGCAAUUGAUUCGUUGAUUGGAUAACGUAUCUGAUAUUGCAAGUUUCUCGUUAAAAAAACUAAAGAUUUGAUUUCUGCUUUAACUACAAUAGUUUAGAGAAAUGAUUCCACUUAGGUUUUAUAAUGGAAUCAGAAGCUUCACCACGAAACUGGAUAAGGUAUCUAACCUCGUUAAGCAAAACAAAGUGGUUGUGUUCAUGAAAGGUGUUCCAGAAGAACCUAGGUGUGGUUUCAGUAAUGCGGUUGUCCAAAUAUUGAGGAUGCACAAUGUUAAGUAUGACGCACACGAUGUCCUUAAAGAUGAAGAACUUAGGCAAAGUAUCAAGGAUUUUUCAAAUUGGCCCACAAUACCUCAAGUGUUCAUAAAUGGGGAAUUUGUGGGUGGGUGCGAUAUACUUCUGGAAAUGCAUCAUAACGGCGAGCUAGUGGAAGAAUUGAAAAAAGUGGGCAUUACCAGUGCUCUCCUGGAAAAAGGGGAACUCAAGGAUACCAAAGAGAAGAAAUCUAAGGAAUGAACGUUCGACGGAGAAUCUAGUUUGUUUAUAAUCUUGUAAAUAAAAUAUUAAUUUGUUGAUGUCCAAUUUUUGUUAUAAUAAACAGUUC